ACAUGGGAACGCCUGCUGGGGUCUAGUGACCACACAGUGAUUGUUAAAAUCCGACCACUCGCCCGCCUACCUGGUCAAAACUAUAGAAAAGCACAGAGUCAAGUCUAAUACCUAGGACCAUCCAGCAUUCUCAUCUCAAUCCGUGCAAAGGAAGUUUAUUUCUUGUUUCAGUGUGCAGUAACUAAACUCCUGUCCCAGUUUGGAUCUCAGGUUAUCGUUUUCUUACGUGUUCCGAGGCAGAUGGGACCAGUUUGACCUGUUUUGAGUUCUAGUCAGUGCUGUUCCCUAAGGAAGUGACCCUCCCUCGGCUCCAGAUCCGGCGCUUUCGUUUUCGUUUCCCGGAAGAAUUCCGCAGCGGGCGAUGUGAGCGGAGCGGGCCGAGCCGGGGCGGGGCUGGGAGACUCACGGAGCCCCGGGAGCAGGCUCCUGUUUGCUGCCCACACACCAUGACAGACUGUGAGCGCCGUGCCAGGCUCAAGGAAGAGCACGUAUGUGAAGUGGCAACCUGUAGCCCCAUGCCAAGGUCAGUCUCUCCGCCAGUGGAGCCCAGAGCAGUCAGCAGUGCCCACAGUCACUCUCAGAAUGACCUCAGCCGCCUGCCCAGGACAUUGAAAAUGCAGCCAUCACUGUGGAGCAAGGCAGAUGUCACACAGUGGCUAAAAUGGGCAGAGAGAGAAUAUUCCCUGCGGUUUAUUGAGGAGAGCAAGUUCGAAAUGAAUGGAAAAGCUCUUUGCCUGCUCACCAAGGAUGACUUCAGGCACCGCUCUCCAAGUUCAGGGGACGUGCUGUAUGAAAUACUGCAACAGAUCAAUAACUACAGAAACUUUGCACAGAGGAAUUUCAUCAUGAAUGUGCCAGCAGAACAGGCCAUGCACACCUCCCCUGGAACUCUUCUCAACCCCUUCGAAGUUACCCACGAGCCAUCUACAAUAUUCCAACUGCCUGGACACGUUUCUAACAUCUCUGCGCUAUCCCACGGGACCACCUUCCAAGCUCGGUCUCAAGUGCGAUCGAUUGGAACCACAAUGGAUGGAAGGGAAGAGAUGGCGCCAUUUCAUAGGUUCCAGGUUCACACAGACAGCACAAUGCCUCGAAUUGUGAGCAUCAUGCAGUGCCCAAGAUCUGCCGGUACGGUGAGCUCACCGGUGUGGAUUGCCAGCAGUAAGCUGAACAACACUGAGGCCUUCCGCAACGGUCACUGGGAGGAACCACUGAACCUCUCCAACAGGUCAGAAGGCAAGAGGGACGUCGAGACAGGCUCACUCCUUUCGGCACAGCAAGCUCCAGCUACAGGGAAGAUAGCAAAUUGCAGGCUGCUGUGGGACUAUGUUUAUCAGCUACUCUCUGACAGUCGAUAUGAGCAGUACAUCAAGUGGGAAGACAAAGAGUCCAAGAUCUUCCGUGUUGUUGACCCCAACGGACUGGCGCGACUCUGGGGAAAUCACAAGAACCGAGCGAAUAUGACAUACGAGAAAAUGUCAAGAGCUCUACGGCACUAUUAUAAACUGAACAUCAUCAGAAAGGAGCCCGGCCAGAAACUGAUCUUCAGGUUCCUGAAGACCCCAGAUGAAAUCACCCACAAACCAGACAAAUUGGAACAACUGGAAUUACAUGAGCAGGAAGGAGCCGAUUUCAAAGAGGACACAUUUCAGCUCUCUCCAUGACAGUGAUGUCAAAAAUGGCACUAACCUGAGCCCUGAGCCUGCCCAGUUCCUGGUCCUGCAGACUGACAUUUUUCAACCCAAAACAAACUUUUGCUUUUCCGAAUGGUACCGAUUGUGAAGUUUUCCUUCCUUUUUGGGGUUUGUGAUUUUGGUUUGUUGAUAAUAGCACUACAUUCAAUACAUGCACUGGCAAAACUGUAAGAUAUGUUGAAGCUUGCUGUGAGAGUCGUGAAGGGAAAUUGUGAAUAAAUUCUUUAAUUCUUUGA